UUACUGCGGCGAUACCUCGCGAAUCGCGACCUGGAUCAUCCAGAUAAGCUCUCAUAAGCACUUACCUAAAUUAAAUUAGCCAUAAUUGUUAGUUCUUCCCGCUCAAUCGCUGUAGUAAACACUGCGCCAACCCUGGGCGGUUACGACUGAGUUUCCAACUACGGAAAGACAGGACAAAUGUUCUAAUUUUAGCGCGUUGGCAGUUGUCAGCUUUGCGAUUUUAACAGUUUUUCCGUUUUUGCUUUUUAUCACAAGGACCUUUUCGAACCAAUUUGCAGAGGAACGAGAAUGUUCAGUUCUCGAAUCUCCAUAAACUUUCAUGGUGUCCAUUGAUAUUUGCGAUUUGUGGUGUGGUUUACAUGUUUAAUGGCUUACCACUCUUUGAAUAUUAGCACUAGCUGACUAAAACAAGCUUGUGCGAGCUGGAUUUCAGGCGACACUGUGGAUCCAUCGCAUCAUUGUUCUCAAUCAGAUUCUUCUCAAGUUUGUAUAAUCGCGCUGUCAGUUUGUGCCUGUCUGGGGGUGUCUUUAAUCUGCAAUGGUGUCUCAGUGAGUAGUCCGAUAUCGCCCAGUUCCUGAGUCGUGGAAUCAUGUCGGAUAAACUGGAUACCAUAAUUCCGCGGACAAGAAGCAAAUCAAGCAAACCCAGUCUCAAUCCGAUCGCUGUCGAUGUCGCGACCAGUCGGCCCAAUUCCCAGCGGGAUCCUCUUGAGGCGGUGAUCAUUCCCCUUCGUUCAAAAAGGAUUGCUGGUCGUAGUGGUAAGCCCGAAACCCGCGCCAAACCUGAACCUGUGCGCAAAGAAUCCGAAGUGUACACGUUUGGAGAAGAGGCAGGCAGAGACAUCGAAGAUGCAGCCGUUCCUUUGAGGCAGAAGUUGAGCCGUUCUGCAAAGAAAAAGUCUCGCCCGUGCCAGUUUCCCGAGAGCGGCAGUGAGGAAAUUGAAUCUCCCAGCAUGAAGCGGAAGAAAAGCGACGGACCUGCUGCAGUUGUCGUGCGGACGCUUGCUCCGAAGCAGCGCUCGAAAACUGGGACUGUGGAUAACGGCGAGGAGGCGUCUUGCUCCAAGUCUUCUAGUGGUUCACGAGGAGCUACGCGAACACGGGAAAACAGCGAACAAAAAUCCGAAUCCGAGCACAAUCAGAGCUUUACCAGUAGCAUCAUGGAGAGCGCCAUGGAUGAUUGUGCUUCCGUUAAACCAGUGGAGGACUGUGAUGUGAUACUGGCUGAUGAUGACGAGAAGGAGAAAAAGAAAUCCACUGCUUCAAAAUCUAUCUUGGAUGAGAACCAGACCGCCCAUGAUUUGUCCGUUUUCGAAACUAGUGCGCGACAGACAGGAUAUAUUUUUAAGCGGAUAUUGUCGGAUGAUUCGGAAUACGUCGAGGAGGAUGGUUCCGCCUCAACAUCCGAAGGGGAUCUUGUUGAAUCAUCUGACGAAGCAUUCGAUAAGUCGAGAACGGACAAACGUUCUAUGCGGAAGAGAAAGAAACCAGAGCGAUACGGUAUUUCCUCCAGUGGUAUUGAGACCCGGCGACUACGACCACGAAAAGCGAGCUCUUCCAGCAGUUCGCAGUCGGGCGAUAAGCAGAAAUAUAAUGCGGGCAAAGUAUUGAAACGUGAAAAUAUGCGGCACCGUCGACGUAGCCCUGGUUUGUUCCCAGUUGACGAUGAUCCGGCUUUAAAAGAAAAAGGCACACGCAAGGUUGAAAAAAUGGGAAGAGACCGCAAGUUACUGCGGGAUGCCGAAAAGGCUGGAGUUCGACAUCGUUUUGGCGAAUACAACUUACGCAGUCGGGGAUCGAAGGAAAAGGAAUCGACACCUAAACCAGAACCCAGGAAGCGUUAUGGUCUGCGCGCUAACCGUCCCCCGGAAGGAGCGUUGGUUAUGCCGGAUUUAUCUGCGAUACUUCACCUGGAAAGCGAAAUUUCCGCCGAUGAACCACCCCGGAAGAAAAGGAUUGCCAACAGAAACAAGGAUACAUCGGACGAAUAUUCUUCUUUCGAACCCACUCUGUAUUGGCCAACCAAAGAGAUUAGUUUUGAUACAAUCGGUGGCUGUGCGGCUAUCAAGGAGCAGUUAACGCGGGAGCUGCUGCUGCCAUUUCGUAAACAUUUGCUGAAAAGACAGCAGCAACAACAGGCAGUUCCCGAUGAAGCGAACCCGGAAAGCGUCGCUUUACCAGAACAAACUGGAGGAGCGAGCUAUUUUUGCAGAGGAGUAUUAUUUUGGGGGCCUCCUGGAACGGGCAAAACUUUUAUGGCUAAGGCGGUGGCGUAUGAGUGUGGCAAAGAUAUAACUUCGGUUCCCGUUUAUGUUAUUUCGGGGGCUGAAUUGCUAACAAAAUGGGUUGGCGAAAGUGAGAAUCACUUGAGGCUUAUCUUCCAACAGGCGCAGUUGAACAGUCCCUCCAUUAUAUUUAUUGACGAAUUAGAUGGUUUGGUUCGGCGACGAACGACGUCAGAAAGCGAUCAUGUGAAUUUCAAUAUGGUCAGCACAAUGCUGACACUGCUCAAUGGUGUGAUCGACCGUGGAUCUGUGAUUGUCAUAGCCACAACCAAUUAUAAAGAUGUGCUUGAUCCCGCUUUGAUGCGCUCGGGUCGCUUUGAUCUGAAGAUUCUGUUCCCUGCCCCGAACACGGAAGAGCGGACUCUUAUCUUGGAGACUUUAACCAAAGACUGGAAGGUACCGUUGACGGAUACUGAUCGUGCCGCUGUCGCCGUCAACACAGAAGGUUUUACUGGCGCUGAUUUGGAUCUAUUGUGCAAGAAAGCUCAAAAUAUUUCUGAACUAGCGGUUGAACAACAGAAAGAAUCUGACAACAACAACUAUAACAACAAUGAACUGCCGGAUACUCUGCAUAUUUUUUUCAAAGCACUUUUGGAAGUGGAGCCUUCCGCACUGGCAGCACCUACUAGUGGUGGCACCGUAUCUGCCCCUUUGGACGGUCGUGUACGACCAUUGGUGGAGAAGCAGUUGCAGAAACUUAUUGAAGAACUGACCGCUUAUUACCCAGUUCGAAUGCCCGGAGAGUCCAUGGCUCUGCACAGUAGUGCCAUGUGGGGUACUUUCAAGAACGGAUCGUUGAUGUUGGACUACCACCCAGUGUUGUUCGUGUACACCGAACGGGAUCCUUUGCUGCUUGAUCUUGUGACCUCAGCACUUUUCCACCAACUUUCCAUGAAGAACCAAGUGCGAAGCAUUGACUUCCGUUCUACGCAGUAUACAGUAACGGUUACGGUGGACUGCCAGACAUUGCUCAGUGAACGCUCAUGCAUUGCGGGUUUGUUCCACCUGGACGAAGCGUGCAGUAUGCCGAAGAAUGACAUACUUACUUUGCCAACUUGGUUGGUAAAAGCUUUAUCUAAACGGAACGGAUACCGAGCACCACUUCUGGUUGUCACCAGCAGCCGCCCUCCUGAUGAAUAUGCAGAGAAGAUGCGGGAGAUCUUUGGUGACACUUCAUUGCAGUUCCGGGUGAACCAGCCUAAUCUUGACCAGUUGAAAGAAUUUUUUUCGGAUUUAUUCGAUUCGCUGCACGACUCUGAUAAUGGCAUUUCGAAUGGUGCGCCUGAGCGGAGCGGAAACGGAAUACUCAAUGGACAGUUGAAAAGGAAGCGAGCGAAACUCGCUGGUUAUUUAAGUUCGGAGUUGCCAAAAAUCGAUGAUCUUCUAUCAAAGCAUCAGAUUUUGUCAAGGGCCAUUUGGCAGGGCCGGAACGAUCCCCACAAGGCAGAUUUUUUUGACCGCGUGAGAGAGUUCAGUGGACCGGAUGGAAACGAUAGUGAUCGGGCAUCACGCGCCAGCAGUAGCAGCGACGAAAAGAGUGGACGUGAUGAUAUGGCUGGGAAGGGAACAAAUUUUGGUCUCGGCAAGUCAGCCAAGAAGUCAUCGGGAUUUGUUGUUGAUUACCUUCUUUGUUCCUAAACGUUAUCGGAGUCGUUGUCUUGGAUCACUACUUCUCUGACUACAGUAAGAUGUUCCGGCUUUCGUUGUUUUUCUUUUUAUUAGCUGGGUUAUGUACCUGUGCUGGAUUAAAAUAUUUACACGAGCAUUCGCAAAAGUCUUAUCAACCUGUUUUCAAAUACUGAUAAGUAAACAGCGCGAUUGAUUUUGUUGUGCUGGUAGGAUGCGUACAUAUUAUUAGAAUUAUUUUUGCGGUGUUUCUUAUCGUUCCGAACGAUGGCUGGUCAUUGUCCGCUAACAUUUAACAAUUUCCAAAGACGAAAGCUAUGGACAUUGGCCGUGUCUUUUAAGGUCAGAUUAUGCAUUCUGCGGCAGUCUACUUCGGAUCUUGCAUAAUUACUUACAGUACCUAUGCGAGCGAUUGUUCGUUAGUGUACAGUAGCUGCAUGCAUGCAUCUGUAUCGAUGGUAUCGUGCUUCAGGUACUGUAUGUAUGACAAUUGCUGCAGAUUGUUUGCUUUGCAAUGUCUUCUUCGUGUGAUGUUCGCAAGAGUGGUUUGGUUGCCUCCUGGUUUAUUAAUUAUUAUGUAUUUUAUUUAUCGUUAAUUGAGAGUACUCAGCUAUGAGUUUUGGGACAGUUUUCCCUGAACUUGUAGACCAUAAGGCAUCAGUUAGCAACAAGCGAACUUAUCAAAAUUUCGGAUCCUUUUACUUGGGAACUUUGCAUCAACUACAACCUUCGAAAUUUUUUUGCAUGUAUUUUUAACUAAUAUUGUGUGGAUCAGUUCGUGCUAUCCAAGCCUUGUUAUUAAAGGUAAACACUUAGCGCUGCUACUCUCAUAUACAGAGCUUUGUGUUAAAGUACAGUUUUAAGUUAUAAUUAUUAUGUUAAUUACUGUAAGUAUUAUUAUGUGAGAAGAUGUGAGCAUUGUUGUUAGUUAUCCUGAAUAAUUAGUAAGUAAAAAUACGAAUACGUGCUAGGGUAACUGAGCCUAGGGGACUAUAUUAAUGCGGUAAGCAGCAGUUUUGAUUAAAGGUACUGAGACAAACAAAACCACAGUGAUAAAUUGUUUCAGAUAUCCAUUUCGAUAUUAUUGUAGUAUUGUUGUUGUCGUUGUCGUAUCUCCUAAUUGUAAUCGGAGAAUGUUAAUGGUGUUCGCAUUUGACUCCAUUAGCUUGUUAGGUCCCCUUGACGGUGUGUUAUCCUCUUCUGGGACCAAGAAUAAGGUUAUAAUGGAAAUGUUUUCUAAUAAAUUAAGUAAUAUAGUAUAAUAUUUCUGACCAUUUAGAUGCAAGCGUUAGGGGAUUAAGACAGUGAUAAGCCGUAACUCAAGUUGUAGAACGUAUUUCCAGGUCAGUUUUUCACAUCCCCGUGUGUGCUCUGUGGGCUUGCGAACGUACUACGUAGUAGGUCAAAUUAGGUAAAGGUUUUUGAAUGUGAGCAGUUUUUGCACUUGCAACUUAUAUUCAGCAGAGUACUCGUUAUAUGUGUGUGACGUAUGUACGCGAUUGCAUGAAUAAUAAUUAUCAUUAUUAUUAAUAUUGAUAUUCACAUUUCUCGAGAUUCUGCGUAAACGCAUAGCAACGGUACAAGAUCGGUUGUCUGGCUGAGUCUGUUUUGUGUUGUUGUUGUUUGUCAUUCAGUUAGUUGUUGUGGUCUGGAAUAUUAUUAAUAAACUUACGUAGUAAGUACUUCACAUUGGCGUGAAGGAUGGUAAUUGCCCUUUCUGUUUAAGAGGUAAUUGACUGGUCAAAAGUGGUAAUUGACCAUGUCUACGGGAGGCACGUCACCCGUGGGAGUAACAGGCACUCAGACACGCACGCCGAAUACUGCGGUGUCGGGUGAUGAUGACUCCACCGGGUUGCCCAAAUUAAGUAAAUUUGACCCAGACACGAUGAAGCUGGAAACGUGGCGUGUACAGUUUAAUAGCCACGUGGAAUCGUUCAAGAUGACCGAUGACAAGAAGAAGCCACUACUCUUGGGAUCCCUGAAUCCGAAGGCCAUGGAGAUGCUAGCCUCCAUGUGCCGCCCGAAGGAUCCAGACGCGUUGGCAAAAUUCCUUUCCUAUCCUACACGCCAAGGCAAAUUUCUUUUAUAGCAACCCUUCCCUGUUGCUCAAUCUAGCCAUGUCUUCGUCUAACUCCAGCUGCGUUCACUGCGGUUUCCCAUUUCGCCGGCGAGAUGAUAGGGAUCGACACAUCAAAGAACACCACGAAAAAAGGAACAAGGUCAGAUGCCUUUUUUGCCGAAGGACUGUGCUCAAGCGAGCCGGAUUUCGUCACUUGAGAUCAGCCCGCUGCCAGAAGCGUCGAGCGGAACUUGGAAUUGAUCUUGAACGUGAACUGGCCCGAUUGGCUCUUAUUGAGAUUAACCAGGAAGACGCACCGGAUCCGUAUUCAGCGACCCCGUCACCGCUAUCGGUGGAAGCAGGCCUUGCCGAUCCUGUUUUUGACGCAUAUUCUCCUAGCCGCGAUCCGUUUCUGUAUGAAAACGUAGAGGAGUGUGGCGUCGAUGCCUCGGACCCAGAAUUGGAAAACAUCGAGGUAGUCCUUGAUGGUUGAGAUAACUUCGCAUGAACGCAUACGGAAUUCCAGCGAUGCAUUUGCAUUUGGCAUUUAGAAUCCCUUGCCGUGUAUUUUUGUACUCUUGUUAAAGUUUUUUUCGUUUAGCUGUAGACUGUUUAACCUUAGCACCUUGGUUUCUCUGCAUUUGGUAUACGGAUCAAAUUUUCAGUACCCUUUUACUUGUUCGCUUUAGAUCUGUGGCUCUGUACUUACGUUGCUAAUUGUGUUUUUUGAAUCUGGUAUUGCUGAGAUUAUUACGAUGGUUCUCCUUGCUGAAGUAAUAAACAUGGCCGGAACAUUUGA